AUGGCCCCUGGAGCUAUUCCACUUGGAGUGGGGUUGGGGCUGGGGCUGGGGCUGUGGCUGGUGCUGGAGCAGACUGAGGCCCAGCAGCAGCAGCCUCAGAUACAGCAGCAGCAUCAAACACAGCAGCAGCCUCAGGCGCAGCAGAAGCAGCAACAGCAGGGGCAGGCCGAGGGGGUGGGGCCCAAAGUCCCUCCAACAUUCUGGUACAAGUUCCCAAAUCGGGAGCCAGGAGGAGAGUUCUCCUGCGAAGGCAAUGGUCCUCAACAUGAUCACUACAGUACUUACACUAAAAGCAACGUGGUAGAUGGUGUGUGCUGCCUCCCAGUUGCAAAGGGGAUUGAGGCCACUGGGCAGAGGGAUGAUUUCCGUUUCAACAUUGCAGACCAUCAAGCUAUACGUUAUUCACAAAUCCUCCCACACCUCUGGUUAGGAAGCUGCCCUCACCAGUUGGAGCAUGUAACUAUCAAAAUGAAGCAUGAAUUAAGGGUGACAGCAGUAAUGAAUUUUCAGACCAAAUGGGAUAUUAUGCAGAAUUCAUCAGGCUGCAAUCGCUACCCAGAGCCCAUGAGCCCAGACACCAUGAUCAGGCUCUAUGAAGAAGAAGGAAUUCAGUACCUAUGGUUGCCUACACCAGAGCUGAGUACUGAAGGUACAGUGCAGAUGUUGCCCAAGGUUGUCUGUCUCCUCCAUGGCCUACUUCAGAAAGGUCACAUCAUCUAUAUACACUUCACCGCUGGUGUUAUAAGAUCCCUGGCUGCUGUGUGUGGCUGGCUCAAAUAUGUGAUGGGCUGGAAUCUGAGGAAGGUGCAGUACUUCCUCAUGGUCAAAAGGCCUGCUGCAUAUAUCGAUGAAGAGGCACUGUCACGAGCAGAAGAUUUCUAUCAGAGAUUAGGGAAGGUUCAUCUGGCUUUAAGUAAUCCUAAUGUGUAA